AUGCCUACAGCGUUCGGUGAGACUGGUACCCUAAUGAGCAUUUUGAAGGCAGAAUUCAUAAAGGAGGAAGUGAAUGAAGAACCUAUGAGAUCACCGUUCAUUGAUGAGGAUUGGUUCAAGAAUAUGAAGGAAGAUCCUACCUAUUAUGGUUACGACGGUGUGGUUCCAUUAGGGCAUAUGUUUGAUGUGGAUUGGUUGCUGAAUGCUUUAGAGUCUGCACCUAGGCAUGCUCUGGGGCCUCAUAUUGGUGAAGCAAGCCAAGCUAACCUUACGGAUUUGUUGUACCAAUUGCAGAACCCGGGCAUAAAACUGCCCGGUAGCUCACCACACAUAGGAUGUACACCAUCCGGACUUGAUUAUGGUUUUGAUUUCUGA